UUCCACUAACUUCCAAGUGUGGUUGGUCAUCAAAAAUGGUGAAGAAGUGCUAAUGAAGGAGGUAGAAGAAACUACAGUUCCCAAGACCGAAGAUGAGAUUGAUGCUGAAGACAUCAAAAAGGUCAAGAACUAUGCAAAUGCCAUCAACAUUGAUGGGUAAUAACCCAAGGGUACCACCCGGUUGGUUCACCGGACUCGGUGGUGAUGGAAGUGAUAGCACGCGCCUUUCUCAGCCCGGGUUAUUUGACCGGUUGGAUGGGGAGACCAGACGCCAAUACCCGAAGAUCUACUUUCAAAGUACACCUGGUGGGCCGGCGCAAAAGAAGCUGAAGGGAAAAGCUAUUCAACCUGAAGGGUCCAGGAGGUCAGCGUUUCAAAGGCUUGGCCAUGAAGGCAGAAAUCAAAACCGGCCUGCCAAAGAACGACUAGGAGUGGAGACAACCCCGUUGAGUGCUUUUAAUCGCCUGGGUAGAGGGGCCGAGCGACCUGGUCGGACCGGGCGCACAGAACCUCCCCAUCGUGAAGAGCCCCAGCACAGCCGGGCACCGCGAGAGGAAGAAGCCGAAAGCCAUCCUAGGCACACGAUCUGCUCCCAUGUUGAACAACCCCGGGAUCGUGUGGGCUGGGUUGAAGCACGUUUGGAGAAGUUGCAGCGCCGGGUGGACCGGGAAGAAAAGAAGAAAAUCCUGCAGAACGAAUCUCCGUUCACAGACCGGGUUCAUGAGGCCCCAUUUCCAAAGAAAGAAAAGUUGGACGUCCCGAAGUUUACCGGGAAGGAGGACCCGGAAAUACAUGUCAAAACCCUUCAUCAAAGUGGAAGGAUGAUGGGCCUUUUCGGGGACGAAAAAUGUUUACUUUUUUUCCAAACCCUCCGCGGCCGAGCCGCUGAGUGGUUUCAAAACUUACCGGCCGGUGAGAUCGAUUCUUUCGAUGAGCUGGCCGAGGUGUUCCAGGAGAAAUUCAAGGAAAAUUGCACCAAGAGGAAAAAGUUCACCUACUUGAGCACGGCCGGGCAGAGGGAGCACGAGGAUUUAACAAAAUUCCUCACCCGGUGGAAGAAUGAAGUUGAUAAAGUCGAAGAGAUGGGAAGACAAAACCGCCAUGUCUCUCCUAGUAUCCGGACUCCGAUGAUCGAGGUCGGGGAAAUCGAUCCUGAGUAUCUAGCUCAGGCCAAGCAAAAGAAAAACCAAUGGAUCAGGCCUGAAGGGAAGCCGGUCGAACAGAAUAAGAAGAAGAAAGCACCAGGUAAAGAGCAUUUGCAGGUCAUCUACGGUGGACCGGAAGGGGGAGACUCUGCUUCCCAAAGGAAGAAAUGGGGGCGAGAGCUCUACGUCGGGACGGUGGCCUUAAAUCGCCGGUCAAAACAGGCAAGACGGCAACCGACCACCUUUACUGACCGGGACCUCCCCGCCACUGGAGAAGAUCACAAUGACCCCCUGGUCAUAACUAUGGACAUGGGUGGAGUCGAUGUCUCCCGGGUACUGGUUGACACGGGUAGUAGUGUCAACGUUUUGUACUUGGAUGCAUUUGAAAAGCUCAAGUUGUGUCGGACACGGCUUGAGCCCUUAAAGACUCCCCUGUCCGGGUUCACCAGGGACUCUGUUGAAGCUGAAGGGUCAAUCCUUCUGACUUGUGAGUUGGGCACAGGGGACCAGGUCAUCCAAAAACAAAUGAGGUUUGUGGUAGUAAACAUCAAAUGUGUUCACAACGCCAUCCUAGGCCGGCCUGGAAUAAACAAGGUCCGUGGAGUCCUCUCCAUGGCCCACCUCUGCAUGAAAUUCUAUACCCCGGGUGGUAUCGGACAAGUGAGAGGAGACCAAAAGAAGGCCCGACAUUUCCACAUGGAGGCCGUAAAGAAAAUGACCAAGGCAUUUGAGAGAGUCACUUUGGUCUCUCAGGAAGAAGAGCGGUCGAAGCUAGAGCUGGGUGAUGAAACCGAGCAAAUCGUUCUCCAAGAAGCCUUCCCAGAAAGAAUGGAGGUCAAAGAAAAAGAUCCUGCACCGGCAAGAACGUGGCUUCUUCCUCGGCUCCUCCACCAUCAACGCACAAAUACCUUGACGGGUCGUUUCUCUAGUUCAACGACCGCGAAGAGGCUACAAGGUUCUCGGAGAAGUUUGAGCAUCGGGAAAUUCUCCCUCCCCGAUUCUCCACCGCCCGCUUCAUUCAUGACUCCAUCCCUCUACAAACCAAGGACCGCAAUCAAGGGUCAAGCUUUGGCAGACUUCCUCGUCGAACUAACCGGUCUAGAGCCUGAAGCCAGACCUUCUCAUACGGUCGAACCGUGGUGGGACAUGGCCGUUGAUGGGGCCUCUGGACCGAAGGGAUGCGGAGCCGGCAUAGUCUUCACUACUCCAGAGGGGUUCAAAAUCUACCAUGCGUUGGUUUUCAACUUCAAGCUUACCAACAAUGAGGCGGAGUAUGAGGCACUAACCGGAGGCCUCAGACUAGCCCAGGCACUCGGAAUAAAGAGAAUAAGAAUUCGUUCCGACUCAAGUCUUGUAGUUGGACAGAUCAAUGGCGAGAUGGAGGUAAAAGAGGAGCGUCUGGCCCGGUACGGUGACCUGGUCCGAGCACUUCUGAGAGAAUUGGAAGAGUUUCGUCUGACUAGGAUACCCCGGUCGGAGAACACAGACGCUGAUAUGCUUUCGAAGUUAAUGCAAUCAUGCCCGGAGCAUGUGUCGAAGUUGGCUAAAAUUGAGAGUUUAGAUCAACCAAGUACUGAUCGGUUUGAAGUCGCGCCUAUCCAAUCGGGCCAGAAUUCGGCAACCAGGAUAAUCGGAGUAGAUGAUGACUGGAGGUACGAUCUCAUGGAAUAUUUGGAGACCGGUCAGAAACCGGAUGACGAGGAACGGGCCAGGAAAGUGGUCCUGCGGGCUCCCCGUUUUCAGGUAAUCGAUGGUCACUUGUAUAAACGUGCCAUUGGUGGACCUCUCCUACGUUGCCUUACCAACCCGGAGGCUGAACGGGUAAUAGCUGAGGUGCAUGAGGGAGUUUGUGCAGCCCAUCAGAUGUCUCGCACCCUGGCUCAAAGGAUAAUAUUGCUUGGCUACUACUGGCCGACCAUUGUUGGGGAUUGUGAGCGCAAGGCCUCAGUAGCUUAUCCACAGGGAAAUGACCAAGUUGAAAAUGCUAACCGGACGAUAGUGGACGGCCUAAAGAAGAGGUUGGGUGAAGAAGGCCAUAAAUGGUUGGAAGCUUUGCCUCACACAGUCUGGGCGCAUGGAGUGACUUCAAGAAGGGCAACCGGAGAAACUCCAUUUGUGCUCACUUAUGGAUGUGAAGCCCGGUUGCCAGUUGAAGAAGAAAUUCCAACAUUUAGAGAAACCGUUUACCAGCCCGGUCAGAACGAGGUCGACCACCUAGCUGAGUUAAAUUUGGUGGAAGAACGAAGGACCCUAGCAGCUGUCAAGAUGGCCGGUUACCAGCAGUCGGUAAAGAGAUAUCACGACAAUCGGGUGGGCCCACGUUACUUCCAAGUGCAUGAUGAGGUCUUGCGCAGACGGGAUGCUAGUAAACCAAACGAGAGAGGCAAGUUGGUGCGAAAUUGGGAAGGACCCUAUCGCAUAAAGGCGAUCAUCCGGCCGGGCACUUACCAACUGGAGACUAUGGAGGGUGGCCGGGUUGACCGACAUUGGAACUCUCAUCACUUACGUAAAUUCUUUAGAUAAAGUGUAAUGAGUUCCCUAGGUGUUAAUAAAACUUUGUUCUUUUC